AUGGCCGAAAGCGAUUCCAGAUUCUCCCCUCUCGUAACAGAUCCAAGGUUCAGGCGUCUUCGCAAGAAGGACGUCAAAGUCAAGGUUGAUCCCCGGUUCAAAUCGCUUUUCCAGGACAAAAAGUUAGGCCCGCAGUCCGGUCCAUCAGCUGAGGACGAGAGUAAUGUCGAGUCGGACCUCGCUCGCGGGGCAAUUCUGGCCGAGAGUUCAGAAGACGAAGAGGAAGGACACGACAGUCGACUUCCAAGAGAAAGCGACGAGGAAAGUGUGAUACUGCAUCCCAAACGGGCUCGUGAAAAACACAUCCCACCAGACGGCGGCCACAUUGAUUUGGACGAGGACGCGUCCGCUGAACCCGAAGCUCAUGUAGUUGAAUACUCGGCCAACGUCAUAGAACCUGUUACUAGUGGUGUCUCCGGAAAAGAAACAUGUCGCUUGGCCGUCGUUAACCUUGAUUGGGAUCACAUCCGGGCGAGCGACUUGUACAUGGUCUUUUCCUCUGUACUGGGGGCCCAGGGUUCGAAAACUGGUCAAGAAGACGGAAAGGUCCUCCAUGUUGGCAUAUAUCUCAGUGACUUUGGAAAAGAGCGGCUAAAGCGAGAGGAGAGAGAAGGUCCUCCUCCAGAGGUGUUCAAACGAUGGCAAUCGAGCGCAAUAGCGAUAUCUGUCGAUAAUGUCAUAAAAGUCGACAAUGGCGAAGAAUAUGAUAACGAUGCCCUGCGUAGAUAUCAGCUUGAUCGUUUAAGGUACUUCUACGCCGUAGUCACGUGCGACACACCAAGAACAGCAUCUCUCAUAUAUCGCGAGCUAGAUGGAACAGAACUCGAGCGAACUGCCAAUGUUAUUGACCUAAGCUUUGUUCCAGAUGGCAUGGAAUUUGCAACAGAGUGUCGAGAAGAAGCUACGCAAUCUACUAGCUCGAUGGAUACUUUGGACUUCUCAACAACAGCCUUGCGACACUCAAAAGUGAACCUGACAUGGGACGAAGACGACCCACGGAGAAAGAAGUUUAUCCGCCGUUCCUUCACACACAAGGACACGGAUGAAGCGGAUUUCAGGGCAUACAUUGCUUCAUCGGACAGUGAGAAUAUCAGCGAUGACGAGCCUUCGAGACGUGACGAACUUCGAAACCUCUUACUGGGUCUCAACGGUGAAGAUGAACAAGCAUUUGGAAAGGCCUUCAAGAGCAGAGCUGAUAUGGAGGUUACCUUCAUGCCUGGUUUAACGGAUGCUGCCGCACAAGAAGAAAGCGACCGUGAGGAGACGACUCUGUAUCGGUAUCAACGGAAAAUGAAAGAAAAACAGAAAGAGCGAAGAGUAGGCAACAAGCUGCUCGACACCUUUGCUCCGCCAGGCAAUGACGACUUCUUUGAAGCCGCCGACUCUCGCCCUUGGAACAAAACUGAGCAGCCUGCAGCUCUCCUUCCCGACAAAGAGGAACUAGCGCUCAUUCUCGACUCAGGGAUUGAGCGGACGGUACACUUUGACAUGCACGCAAUCCUGCGUGCAGAAAAAGCGAAUGUGCAGAAGAGGCACAUUGGAAAGAAGAAGUCGCAGAUUACGGAUAAUGACACGUUCGUGCUUGAUGUGAGUGAUCCACGAUUUAAUCCUCUACAUGAGGACACAGCAUUUGGGCUCGAUCCUAGUCAUCCGAAAUUUCAAAGAACCAAAGCCAUGACUGCUCUCUUGGAAGCGCGAUCUUCUCCAAAGACAUAUGGGCGGAAACUACCUGGGAAAACUUCUCGGAAGAGAGAGCGGAGUGAAAUGUUGGGAACACUGAGUACGGUCAACUCCACGAAAAGACCUCGGUCGUAGACGGUGGAUGGUGGAUUAUUUAGUGUCUAUGACAAUUGUAGCGCCCGUUCACAGUUUUCAUUCUGCGGUGAGUAGUCGUGGUUUCUUGAAAAAGGCUGUCCUUCUCUCCUCCUUCUGUGUCACCCCCUCUCGGCCUCUACCAUCUCCACCCAAGUUCUUCCCAGUCAUGUCAAAUACCCCAACAAGUCCGCCAAUGAGUGCGCAUGAACCUACAGCAGUAGGAAUGGAUCGUGCUCGGAUUCCUGCAAGGAAGCCAGCUGCGCAGCCUCCGAUCGCCCCGUUCCAUGCAUCGUCGCUGCCCCUCGCAUUGCCCACCGCCCCUUCUGUAUAUGCAAAGACAGCGCCCAUGGCCGCGAAAAAACCAAUCGUGCCACCAGUGCGUGUGAGGACACCCGCCGCUCCCCUGUUGUGCGUCCCUAACGCGUUCUGAACGGAGCUCACGAGCAGCCCAACACCAGCGCUCUGCAAGCCCACGUAUGCUGCGUUCUGUAACGCUGGCUUUUGUUCGUAUUCAUCGCCCAUUGGGACCGAGCCGCUGAUACUAUCGUGGAGAGAGAAUUCACGUCUGC